CGCGGUGUGUAUAUGUAGUGUUAUUCUCGUUCCCUGUUGUGUGUGAAUGUGCUGCCUCCGAGGAAAUCGUCGGAAAAAUCCGGAAAAAAUCAAUAUCAGCGGAUAGUAAUUGUACCCGAAGUUUGCUGGCGAUGUCCUGCUGCAUCCGGGGCUGUUUGUCACGCUACGGUAAGGGCAAAGUGUCCUUCCACCGUAUCCCGCAAAACAAUGAUGAGCGCCGCCAGCGUUGGAUUGAAAUCGUUGAUCGUGGCGACGAAAUAAACUACAACUCAGCCAUGGUCUGCAACCGGCACUUUGUCGGUGGCUGGCCGGCCAAAGCGGUGGAUAAACAUGCGAUCAACUGGGUUCCGACACUGUUUCUGACCCAAUCGGAUAGUGCUGGCGGUUCCGGAACCGAAGCCAGCUCGACAGCGAAUGCUCCGGUGUUGGAGGUUGACGAUGAUUCGUCGGAUAUUCGAUGCGUUGUUCGAGGCUGUGGGAUGACGAAGGAAGAAAAUCCGUCGCUGUCGUUUUUCCCGAUCCCACACGACACGGAAGAACGUAGUAAUUGGCUCCGGCGAAUCGGAAUGCAUGAUAAACCACCACCCAAUAACGGGAACCAGGUGUUGGCCGUGUGUGAGCUGCAUUUCGAGUUGUCCAAGGAUCUGCUGAACUAUGAUGAUGUCAUUUCGAUGGGUCGUACCGCAGUUUUGAGGGAGAAGGUGAUGCCAACACGUAACAUUCCUCUAGUAUUCGGUACUCAACCGGGACGUUUCUCGGAUGGAGCUAAUGAGCCGACAGACGACACACCGGGUGAAAAUAAUACAAACAAUGAUGAUGGCUCUCUCCUUUUGGAAAUGUUACCCCGUGAAGAAUCUAACAAUGAAAUGCUACAACCCGAGAUGUUAGCUCAAUACCCCGAUCAUUUACAGACUAGUCCAGUUGAAGAAUUCGUCCAGAUUUGUCGUUCCUGCAUGAGCACCGACAAAUCUGUUUUGGUUUCCGCUUUCGAAGACAAUCUAGCCGACAUAUUCUACCAGUUCACUUCUAUCGCUAUUGACGAAAGUGUCGGAAUUUCCACGUCAUUCUGUACAGACUGCAAGACCCGACUGCUGGAGAUGCACUUUUUUCGCGAUACCUGCGUAACCAGCACACAAAUGCUUCUCCAUCGCUACCAAAAAUACUACGGUGGCGAAAAUCCCGAACAGGAACCCGCUGACGAUGAUCUUCUGGAGCCGAUGCACCAAGAAGACGCCUCUGUCGAACAAACAAACGGUUUCGUCAAUGAACUUGUGCCAGACGAUCCGGAAGAUUUACUAGUGCCCCAAAAGGAAGUUCCGGAAAGGACCGCGGUAAGCAAGCGUGGCAGAACUCGCACGAAGGCUAUAGAGCCUCCGAAACAGAAACUGACCGCUCCAGAGUCUUCUCGGCCGAUGAUUAAGAAGCGGUUCAAAUGUAAAGUGUGUCGGAAGGAUUACAAUUCGAAAACCGGCAUCGAAAUGCACAUGGCAACUCACGCUAACGACGAUCCGAGCGAGUUCACUGUCGAGUGCGUACGGUGCCACAGACUGAGACGUCCAGGGGACAAACACAAUUGUUUUGUAGAUACUCUAUACUGUCACGUUUGCGGAGAAAAGUUCCGCAACUGGUCCUAUCUUAAGCUACACUUGGCCAAAAUGCACCGAAUCAAAACAAAACGACGUGAGUUAAUGCAGAAGUUGGCGUUAGAUCGUCAGGCGAGUGGCAACACAUCGAAGUUGCUGAAAAGUCCCCCGAAAAACCCUACCCCCAAAAAAGAAGAGGAACCAACUUUACUGGAAGCCUCCAGCGAUGGGGAGACAAAAGACUCACCAACCCCGCACACCAUGGUUAAGUGUACCUUCUGUUCGGCCUCUUUCAAGUAUCCUUUAAGUCUGGAAGCACACAUGCGAAAACACUCAGCCAUCCACCAGACUCAAUGCCAUGAAUGUGGUGAAAGUUUCGCAACUUAUCGGAAAUUGGAAAAGCACUUUGAUAAGCACCCGAACGAGGUGCAAGGCGCAAUGUACAAAUGUGCUAUUUGUGCUAACAUCUACAACCGCCGGCAGACUUUGCUGAUGCACCGCCAGUAUGUUCACCGGGACCGGGAAGUAGUGCAGUGCGGUGGAUGCUCGAAGUUGUAUGCCCAAGCUAGACAGUUGGCUGAGCAUCAAUGUUCUAGCAGCAAGCCAACGCCACCAGCUGAAGUUAACGGGGAUUUUGUAAUUGUGCAGCCCGAGUCAAUAUUGAAAGGAGCGGCUACGGUCGCGAUUGAGGACGAAAACUCGGUACCGGCACAGGUUGCAGAGGAAGGUAAUAUCGAUCCCUUACUCGGACUCGGUAAUGAAGAAGUUAUUGAACUUGAAUCUGAUGAUGAACCAGCCACACCGCAGGAACCGCAGUCCUAUGAUUGUAGCGUUUGCGGUAAGACGUUUGAGAAGAUGGAUGUACUUGAUCGGCACAUGAAGCUGCAUCGGAUGAUGAAUGCUGCUAAAGCGAAUGCUAUCGGUUACUGGAAGUAGGUAAAAGUGGUGGGAUUUCUCUUUGUCUGCAGUACGUACAGUCAGUAGCAUCACCCUCUAAACGCUGCUGUUUAUUCCAAACAAACUUUGCAGUAAUGUCGCCUUUUAAGUUUUACCGAAGUAUAACUUUAUUUAAUUUUAUCGUGUAAA